UAGUGGCUCGAGUGUAAGUUAAGGGUUUGGAUGCUGCGCGGUGCGCGCGGACGGAGGCCGUCAGUAUCUGCAUCUCUCGCAUCAGCGCACACACUCACACAUACAGCCUCUCCAUCGCGUCGCUCCACCUGUCCUCAUCAACAACCCGAAUCAAACCGGUCUCUGAGCCUGAAAAGAGCGUGGAAGUGAAACAUUUAGGCUUGUGAAACGUGAAAUAAUCCUUUAAAGAUGGUCAAACUGGGGACUAAUCUUCAAGACAAAGGAGCAAAAGCAGUGAGUGUUGAGGACGGCUUUCAAAACGUCCCCCUCAUCACACCCUUGGAUGUCACUAAUCUUCAGUACCAAGCCCCAGACAAGGCGGUGGUAAAGACACGGACUGAGUACCAGACGGAGCAGAAGAACAAGGCCAAACUGAAAGUCCCGAAAGUUGAGGAGUUCACCAUCAGCAUCGCUGAUGGGGUUUCCGAAAGGCUGAAGGUCACCAUCCUUAUUAUUCUGGCUUUGGCCUUUUUGGCCUGCAUAGUGUUCCUGGUGGUGUACAAAGCCUUCACCUAUGAUCACACCUGUCCUGAUGGCUUUGUGUAUAAGCACAAGCGCUGUAUUCCUGCUUCACUGGAGGCCUACUACACUGCCCAGGAUGCCAACAACCGCGGUCGCUUUUACACCGUCAUCAGUCACUACAGCAUGGCCAAGCAGACCAGCUCUCGCUCCGUUUCUCCCUGGAUUCCUGCCGGCAGCGCCCAACAUGAUGUCAAGCCUCCCAAAACAGACACCCAAUGAGAUUUGCCGUGCUGAUUUUUAAAGGGAUAUCAUCACGUUCACUUACAUCCCACAAUUCCCUACCUCCCUAAUAUUUCCACUGGCUCAUUUGUUCCUGUUAUGUUCAACGUUUCAUUUUUUGCAGCAUAGUUAAUCUCUCAAUCAUUUUGUAAUUUGUUUAUAUUUGUUUUUAUUGUACAUUAUUUUCUGUUUAAUGUUCUGGUAUUGUUUGUAUAAAGGCAUGACUGCGCUCUUGUCGAGCAGUUUCCCCACACGGUGUCUGUGAGUGUCAAUGACCCCUUAUGAAAGCAGAAUACCCAUAAAUCCCUCUUGUAGUUAGGUGAUGACAACAUCUCAAAAGGCAUGAUAAAACAAAGGGAGUUUUGUGCAUUUUUCCACAAAAACAUCAUGCUCUCGUUAGAAAAUGAAAACAAAAACCUACUUGUUAGAGUCAUUUUCAUGUAAAACUUAUUACGAUAUAUUACUGAAAUAUUGAUGUAGACUAACAGUAGACCAUCAAAAGGACACAUUGUAAAUGUACAGAAUGAUAUGGUUCCUACUUUGAACCUCAAUGUAAAUAACCAAUGAGAGCAAUUACCCAUGUUGUGUAUCUUCGUCAGACACAUUGUAAUAUUAUCAGCGUUUCUCAAUGGAUGAGCAGAGGUGUUUAGAGCUUUGCGACCUGCUUUAGCUGGUGUCUAUGCUUGCAUUUAAACAGGGUCACUGAGAUGAUUUGAUGCAGCGUCUCAAAGCUUGAUUUUCUGCUAUGUUUGGUCCCACUUCAGCUCUUUUUCCAUUUUUAUAUUUGUUGUGAGGAAAAACUGGAUUUUGGAAAUCUUGUGCUGUUGUUAGUUGAGAUGUAGCAAAGCCUUGAGUAUUUUCAAUUGUAUAUCCUUUAGGUUCAAAACAAUAAAGAUAUACAAGGUGUU